UGGGUUGCAUUUAUGGAGGGGGUUGUCAUACUGUACUCUGUUGCUCAUAUGUGUCCGUGCGCGCGCUCAGUGUGGCUUUCAGUAUUUUUUUCAGCGUGUCAGACGCGCUUUGUUAUUGUUGUGAUUCUUUGGCUGCUUAGGACGCCAUGCGUGCCGACAUGUGGUGGAGAGAUAUGGAGAACAGGCCCGGGGAGGGAGAAGGGGGACGUGUUAUAAGACUGUGAAUGCCCACAAACUGAGGCCAUAUGAUGAUGCGCGUGCGGGGGCCGUGUAUAUGCUUAAUCCCAUUUCCUUAUCCGGGGUUCGUCCUGGAGGCACGCCAUUGGUUGUCGGUCGUCACGUGGUUACUUAACUUUGUUCACUUGACAGAAAAGUAGGAGGGUUCAACGGAACAGGAAUAACCGAAGAGUAAAGGGAUGAGAUAUAAAUUUUAGUUAUAUAUUUUCCGAGUAGGUGCAAUUCCACAAAAAGACUGAAAUUAAUGGCCAUGAGCUCCUAUUUGAUCAACUCCAACUAUGUGGACCCGAAGUUCCCCCCGUGCGAGGAAUACUCACAGAGCGACUAUCUGCCCAGCCACUCUCCGGACUAUUACAGCUCCCAGAGGCAGGAGCCUGCCGCCUUCCAGCCGGACUCUCUCUACCACCACCACCAACACCAGAACCACCACCAGCAGCGAGGCGAGCCGCCCUACACGCAGUGCCAGCGUCCGGGGCAGCCCGCCUCGGUGGUGAUGUCCCCUCGGGGUCACGUCCUCCCCCCGGCCGGGCUGCAGACUACCCCCGUCCCGCAGCUGAGCCACCGCUGCGAGUCGGUGACACCCAGCCCGCCUCCGCCUGCGUCUUGCGGACAAACGCCCCACAGCCAAAGCACUUCGUCCCCCACGAGCAGUCGCAAGGACCCCGUGGUGUACCCGUGGAUGAAGAAAGUCCAUGUAAACAUCGUGAGCGCCAACUACACAGGGGGGGAGCCGAAGCGCUCGCGGACGGCCUACACGCGCCAGCAGGUCCUGGAGCUCGAGAAGGAGUUCCACUACAACCGGUACCUGACGCGCAGGCGCAGGGUGGAGAUCGCGCACACGCUUUGCCUGUCAGAGCGGCAGAUCAAGAUCUGGUUCCAGAACCGGAGGAUGAAGUGGAAGAAGGACCACAAGCUGCCCAACACUAAGGUCCGCUCCGGGACAAACGGCAACAACACAAACUCCCAGUCUCUGAGCGGCUCCCAGACCCGCAGCGGGCCCCUAUAGCCCGCUUCUUAGCUGUCUUUGUGUGAUUCUUGCCCCCGAAACUGAACAGCAGCGUCGCUUUUGAACCACCGGAACCUGUACUUUGGACCGGAAUAACGCCUUUUUGCGGAGGACUGGAGAGAUGUCAGUGCAGCCUGCUCGGCCCUGAUGCUGCACACUAUAAUAUGACGUUAUGACGUGGGAGGGGUGGAGGGUAGAGAGAGGGGUUGCCAUUGAUAAAAUAAAUAAAUAAUGAAAUGAACAAAAGUAGGCGAAGGAGACUGAAGGAAGUGAGAAAAAUGUUGCGGGCCGCUUCUUUGCUUUCCCCCCCUCGCAGUCUGUCUGCCUCCCUCUCUGCUGCUUUUUGUAAUUCUGUCUUUUUAUACUCCUCCCUCUCCUCUCUCCCUCUCUAUGACAGAGCAUAAGACGGUAGGCUGAGGAGGAGAAUGUGUUUUUUUCCCCUACCCGAGACUUUUUUUUUUUUUUUUUUUUUUGGUGAAGAUGGAUCCUCGUUUUCAUCUUUAAUCAUGCCAAACUCGGGCCCCAUUUGUCAUGUUUACUCUGCGGGUACAAAGCAAAGGGGUGAACCGCGGCUCUGCCCAUUACCCCCUGCACCCCUCCCCAAACCUCUUCCCCUCAGCCUCACUCGCACAGGCACGUGUAAUAAAUGGAAGUCUCGUUUCGUCAAGAGAAGUAUUCUUAUAAUAAAAAAACCCCCACACAUAUACCCAUCCCUCCGUCCAUCCAAUAUAACCUCCAGUCUGAUCUAACAUGACACCAGACAGUUUCCUGUCCUGCUGUCAUAACUGUGGCUAUUUCUGCUCAAAUACAGCCUUUUAAAAUUUUAAUUAUAGUUAUUUUUGAAUUCAGUGUUGAUUGUAAAAUGAUCCUUUAUGCUGUUAUGCUGAGAAUGACUCUGUGGUCCGUUGAUUGUUCAAGAUGUGAUGUUGUAUACAGGGAACCAGAUAAAAGUAGAAUAAAGGAAUUUCCACUACCAAACAGGGUUUAUAAGGACACUCAUCUCCAAACCAAAAGCCUGCUAAAAAUAAUAAUAAGUAGCUCAAGAACACAUUAUAACGCAGCACUAUACAAUGUACUACCUAUUACCUCAGUUGUACUUAUAUAUAUAUUUUUAUUUUUUUGGUCGUCUUAUUUUCACUUGCUCGUUUAAUGAAGUGACAACUUUUCGAGCUUUUUAUAUUUUUGAAAUUAUGUGACAAGUUAUUAUAAUAAUUAUUAUUACUUGCAAUAAAAAAGCGCUAUUCACUUCUUGUAUGUGGAAAAAUUUUAAAAAUGUAAUUUAAUUAUAAACGAUUGUUCUAGCCAGGGACACUCAGAAAAAUAAGGAGUCUUUUCUUGCAUGUCUGAAUGGUGUUGAUUUAUUUUUCUAUAUCUUCUUCUCUCUUUGUCUUCCUCUGUUCUCUGCACAUUAAAUGCGCGCACACUUUCUUUUUUUCCUCUCUUCACUUCUCCUCUCUCUGUCCUGUCACCUUGUGCCACUUUUUAAAUAUUUUAUUCUGCCAGUGUUCUUUUUUUAAAUGAUGUUAUUUUAUUUACAUUCCAAAGACCAGUUUCUAUCGUUAUUAAUGAUUAUGAUAAUAACAACAACGAUGUUAUUGUUGAACAUGUGUUACCUCCUCCAAGAUGUAAGUUGCUCCUUUCACUGCUUAUGCCUCAUCAGUGUCUACCUUCCUAUUAUUUGUAAAUAGUUCAUAGAAAUUUAAAUAAAUGGCUAAAAAAGUGUA